CGUUGUGUCACGUGGUGUGGCGGUUAAUGGUGCAGUGUGUGCUGCUGUAGUGUAGGUAACAAUGUUGAGAACCAGACAUAAUUAAGGUGUGUGACCAGGAGAGGACGCGGUCAACUCAUGGAUCCCGAGGUUGGCAAAAAGUCAAGGUCAGGGAUCUUCUUGUGCUGGUUUUGUUAGUGGUGGUGGCGGGGAUGCCGGUGUUGCGGGCUCGGAGUCCCCGGGUGGAGGGUGGGCGGUGUUAUCCUCGAGUGUGUUGGACCGCCGUCAACCGGGCCACCCACUGGGGGGUCGCUGCCCACCGCUCCCCCUCGCCUGAUGGUGACCUUGUCCUCCCCCACCUGUGUGCCAGAGCCGUCACCUGCAACAGUUGGCCAGUGUGCACCUUGGCACGGAACACUAGACUGGCCCCGCUGCCCAGGUACCCAGGUAAUCCUGGGGCCGUUUACACCCAUCCCGGGCACUGCCACCAGAACGAAUGUCUGGUCAACCAUCCUUCCCGAAACCUCAAAAUGCGUGCCAAUUUUGACAACAACUCUGUUUCCCAAUUAAAACAAAUAUCUAACAAAAAUCCCAUUAAAGGUGCGAGUGGUGGCUUUUUUGCGUGCGACAAGGCGGAACAGCUCGCCUCGGGGCAUCACAUUGUGUCAUACAACUCUCUAUAUUCUGGGAGUGACGACCACAGCACCAGUGAUGCCAGCAGUGACACGCACAGCUCACGUGACACACUUAGUGCCAGUGAGACUGUCAGCGCUAAUGAAAAUCUCAGUGCCUGUAGUUGCAGUGACGAAGACGAUACUUACACAGGCCUAGAACAUUGUGAAGACUUAAGUGUUGAUGUGGGUUGUAAUUUAGUUUCUACUGUCAGUGUAACAUCGGGAGCAAAGAGCAUCAAGAGUGCCGUAAUCGUGCCGACGAUGGAGGCAGUUGGGCAGCGGUAUAAGUUACCCAGGUGUAGCGAUGGUCGUGGCGGAACUGUAGCACAAGCAGCAGAGAUGAAUGGAACGUGUCACAGGCGGCGGUCACCCACCACAUACAUUCACAGCCACACUAGUCUGAAUGUCGGAACUGAACAAAAUCAUAAAAAUGAGCUUCAGCAAUAUAGUGCUUGUGAUGAAAGCCGAUAUAACACGGUGCCAUAUAAAAACAUCCGUAAACAGACCAAAUCGAGCACGCAGCGAUGUGGAGGGACGUCGAAAGCUGACAUAGCCACAAACGCCCAGGCACCACCUGUGUUAAGACAGACCACCUUCACCGUCACCAGAGAACACAUUAGUUGUGCUCCUUCAACUGACCUCACACCGGACUCGGACCAGGGUCUCGCCACCUGCCGCCGGGGACACCGUAAUUCGUACACUCACCCCAGCAAGGCUGAUGCUCCAGUGGCUUCAAGCAGGCGUGCGUCGCGCCCCGUACCUGAUAAUGGUGUUGAAUCACUUAUUCGACUAGUCUCUCCUGCUACCCAAGGUGCUGCUCUGAACACCCCUCACCUGCUGGCCACGACGCCCUCGACCCACAGGAACAAGCAGAACCUUACGCCCACCUUUCCCUUAUAUCGACGGAAAAUGUGUAAGAGUGAGGGAAGUGUGGGUACGCCUGAGGGCGAGGAGGUGGGGGGAGGUCGGGGGCGGCAGUGCUCCCGGCCUGGUGACUGGCGCCAGUUGCCUGUUGACAAGGGGCAGCGUGGGAGUGGCAGCAGUAAGCGAGGAGGAGCUCCCGUCUCCCGCAGCAACACCACCAGCCAAGACCAUGACAACUUACACACUCAACACAAGAAGGAAGAGCAGUCGCCUCAGUCACAGCAGCACCGAGGGCGUGCAAUGAAGAUCUCGGUCCGUGAGGAAGCAACCAAGAAGACUGCCACACUCGCCACAACACUCACCAGAACUCGAUCGGGGUCCCGUAGUUCUGGAGGGGCAAGUCCUGCAACUUUGCAUAGUAGAGUCCCAUACAAGACUGCAACUGUUGCACCUGCACCUACAAAACUUUCAAAUAAAACCAAUUCGCUCAAUAGGUUUGGUUUUCGUACUAGUGCACAGGUUAAAUCGGGUGAUAGCACAGACAGUGUGAAUUCUAUUCUAAGUGAUGCACAGACAAUAUCUGAUUCUAAUUCUAAUAUUUUUGACCUAUGUGAUAAUGACACUGAAAAUAAUAAAAGCACAAAGAAAAAUAGUGACUCAGUUUCUUGUAACACUGUCUGCAUAGAAACUCCGAGGAGGUUGGAAUCACCCUCUGUAAAACUAAAUAAAUCUCCAAACUUAAAUAAUACUCCUAAACUUGGUUCUGGUUUAGAGUCAGGACGCCUAACGGCAUUUACUCGCCAGCUACCAAAGCCUCAAGUAGUAACUGUAAAAUCUGUCAGUCCAAAGAUCCAAGCUCCCAGGUCGCAUAGUCCUAUGCUCAAUAGUCCUGUUCCUCAUAGUCCAAUGUCAAACACUAUUAAAUCUUUAAGUCCUUCAGUCAGAGACAGAGGUAAAAGCCCCUUAGUAAAAUCUCCAUUACAAACUUCAUCUAAGACUUACAUAGACCAAACUUCCAAAACGAAACAGCAAUCAGUAGGUAACAGUCAGCAUUUACCACGUGUUUCUAGAGAUUCUGAAUCCUCUACAAGAUCUACUACAGAAGCUGAUUCAGGUCUUGGAUCAUCAAGUGAAAGUGAUAAGAUCCAAGGUGAUGGAGAGACAGACACACUCAUAUCCUGUCAUGUAGAAAGCACAGAAGAUGUAUCUGAUGCUUGGUUAAGAGAGAAACUAAAAGCCCAAGAAUCUGUGAAGAGACGAUCUGGAAGUAUUGAGGUUUGCUUCAAUGGUACUGGAGAAUUUGAACUAAAGAGACACAGUUUAGAAAUGAAGGGAGCAGGUGUGACAGUUGCUGGAUCUCCAGCUGCAAAAUCAGAAUCUGUAGCAGAAAAGAAACCAAAAACUAGUAAAGAGAAACGAGAAGGAACAAUUACAUAUGGCAUGGCUCGACAGAAGUUCGCACCGUAUAGUAGAAAUCGAUAUGGGUAUGGCUACCAGACUACUUCUGGGAGGAGUGGGGACUCGUCUUCAUCUAAUAGUUCUAGUAGUCCAACAUCAAAUGUCACUAAAAUCCCUGGAAGCUCAGGCCUAGUCAGGAGUCGUGUAGCCUCGCUAGAAAUAACUCCAAAUAAGAAGCCCCAACAGACACCAGUAUUAAGAAGAACCAAUUUAAAAAAGCCCAUUAUUAGACCCACAUCUUUGGAAAAGACACCUCUUCUAGUCAUGCCUGUUACAGAAAAGACAGUUGAAUUAAGUAAGCCUGUUUGUCGAAGAUUAGAGUACAGUGAGUGUAAAGUGCUUAAAAGUGAUACACUGAAAGAUUCAAACUCUGAAAUACACCAGGGUCUAAACCCUAAACUCUCUACACCCAAGACAAUGACAGGAGACAUAUUGAUUGUUGGAUCAGUUGAGACAGAAAUGCAUCAAGAUACAAAUAUUGUAAAAGAGACAGAAAACCAUGGCAGUUACUAUGAAAAUUCUUACUGUAAAAUGAUAAAUAUAGAUAAGGAUGAUAUACCUUUUGAAAAUGAUACUAGUAGUGAUCUUACAUCUAGUUUCAGUAAAGCUUCUCAAGACAUGCAUGAAACUGAAAAAUUAAUGAUCGAAGAAUCAAAUGGAGACUUUUCACAAUCGACUGAUGCUGCAGACACAUCAAAUGAUGUUACUGACUGUAGCUUUUCUGAUAAGCUAGAAGAUACUCUUGAAGGAGGAGAUUCCAAUAAACAUAUCCCACACACUCCAGAUGAUGUAGGUAUGAUAGCACUUACACCUCAGUCUGAAUCUUCAUUUGAAAUCUUAGAAUCUCUAAGUGAAGCAAUAGACUUAACCAUAGACGACAUUAAAGAUGAUCCUGAGUACUCAAUAACAGAGGCUGAAAGUGGCCAUGAUGGCAAGGCAGCCAUUUUGGAAACCAAAAGAGAAUCUGAUGUGGAUUCAGCUGCAUCUCUCUCAGGAUCCUCUAUUUCACUGUCAACUGAAGGGACAGCAAAGCCAAGUGUGAUGCAGAAGCCUAAACAGGUUGUAACAGCAUUUGAAUCACAAAAUGUUCCUAGUGAUUUUAAUUCAUUACCAGAACUUCCUUCCCAAGCACAAAAUAGCAAAAUUGAAAGUGUACAAAAAUUGCCUGUUGAAUCACCAAUUGAGAAAAAGCCACUUUCUCAAAUAGCAUCUGUAAUGAAGUCAUCAUUUGAAUCAAAAUCAUCAUUGGAGUUGUCAACUGAGUUACAAAAGUCCACGGGCAUGGUGAAUGUGAUGGUUGAAUCAGGUGAUAGGUCAACGCUCUCGGGUAUGUGUACCCCAACUUUAAAUGCUGGUAGGGGGGACCUAGAUCAAGAUUUUCUGAUUGAUGAUGAAAUAGCAGACCAACCAGGGCUUAUGUUUGGGGAAUCAACAAUGGCAUCUUCUUUUUUCACCGAUGAUGGAAUAUUUGAUGACAUGACAUCACCUUCGCCUAGUCAUGCAGCCCUUAAAUCAGCAUUGGCAGACAUGGGUCGAAGUCGAGCUGACAGUGUAGAUACAACUUCUAGUCUUGGAGCAGAUGAUCUCAUGCUAGAUUUUGAUUCUGAGGAAAUUAAAGCAGGAGGUUUGUCUAACAGGUCCUCUAACAGUUCGUCCCUCAGUGUCAGCCUCCCUGGAACUCUAACUGGGGCGCGACCAAAAAAGAUGCACCUACGCAUAACCAUUCCUGGACGAAGGUAUGAUGAUGAUGUAUUGAGUCCAGAUGCUAAUGAGAUAUUCAGUGAGUGGACAGCAAUGAUGGCAGAAAUGGGCGGCACACUUUCAGAUCGAUGUGUAUCGAGAGAUGGCAGCAGUUGUGGAGGGCGGGCAUCUCGUCCUAGAGUGGGCAGUGCAUCAGAAAUAUCAUCUCCUGAUCCCAGAAGACCCACGGUGCUCAGACCCCCUCGUCAGGGUGGUGUGUCAGAGGUGGAAGGUGGUGGUGUGUGUAUUGAUCGUACUUCGUACCAUUAUAUGUGCCAGGAUGUUACUGCCCUUAAGACAAUGUUAUUGCGUCUCAGAAGAGUUCUACAAGCAGCAGAAACCAUUAACCCAUUUGAUGCCAAUUUGAGGAACUCACUGUACCUGAGCCUGGCCAGCAGUGACCUGCCAGGAGGGACUGGCAUCAACGGGGACAAAGAUUUAAUCACCCCGUCAGUGACAGAAGUAUCCCAAGAAAAUGUUGACCUUAGAAGACAGGUGGUGCUCUUACAGCAGCAACUGGAUGAACGUGAUCGAACCAUUAGACUUCUACAACAGCAGCUUGCACAGAGUAUAGGAAAUCAGCACCCAACUUGUACCUCUCAGGAAAUUAAAGAUUCACAAAACACUGUUAACGCAGCUACUCAAACAGAUCGCUCAGCUCGCCCAACGUUAACAGGCUCAAGCCUCUCGCGGGCAGCUUCUAUUGACGAUGGACUCGGACCAACUGUUAGCUUCCGGCUGGGCAAGGUAAAGUGUCCAUCUUGUGUUGAUGUUGUGCUUGGUUCCCUCACACUCUGCUCUGUCUUGUUGCUGGUCACGCUGCCUGCCACGUAUCCUAACCUACACUUGCUUCAUUUUGUUCUCAGAAUAUGAACUACCAUAUAAUAUAUAAACUAGACACUCUUGGCAGACAUCACUUGGAUCUUGAUAUAUGUAUACUGUAUAUUUUGUUUUAAAAUCUCUACCCAGAAUUUGUUUGACUAUAUACAAAUUAAUUCACUGACUUAGUAUUUUUUUAGUGAUUAAUAAUGCUUAUAUAACGAAAUAAAUAUUGGUCUUCCAAUAUUUUAGUGAUUAAUAAUGCUUAUAUAACGAAAUAAAUAUUGGUCUUUCACUACCUGUAAACAGAUACAUUCAUAAUAAAUAUUAAAAUUAAAAUAAAAUUCAUACAAUUAUAACAAAGAAUCUGGUAAAAAAUAUUUCAAGAUCAAAAUGAUGGUUUUCUUGCUGCUGCUGCUUAAACAUUCCCACCUUGCUUUGAAAUGCUGCAGUACCGUAAUUUUCAUUGUUGUGUAGAAAAUCAUAAGACAAUAUCUUUUUGUGUACUGAAGUGCUUGAUUUAAAGUCUUUUUCCAACUUUGUUGAUAAAAUCCCAAAAUAGUACUCCUUAUUGACUAGGUUUUUACACUGAAUAAAUUAAAAAUAACAGUUCCCCAUUUCAGUACAGUACCUAUUAUAAUUUAAGGUGAUGAAAGUAUUGCAUGUGAAUGUCUCAAAUUAGUAAGUAUUAGAGAUUUAGCUCAUUUGACAUAUGAAAGGAGAGGAAAGUUCAGUACUGACAUUGUUUGUUCCUUAGCAAUCAAUAGUUGAAUUAACUUGGUCGUCAGAGUGGUUAUGGACCUAACGACUGUACAAACUAUAUGUACUUUAUUGACUCGGCAGAUUUUGCAUUGAGAAAUGUUUUAAAAUACUGUAUAUUAUUUUAGUAAUAUUGUUUUAUAUGUAUUAAAAUACUAGUUAUUACAUGCUGUGUGUGUUUUAGUGAAAGUACUGUAUUAAUAAUGAAAUUUAUUGUUGUUGGGAGGCAAGAGAGGAGAUUAGUCAUAAAUAUGUUCCUCCUGGGUUAUAAUCAUUAGGUGCUAAUAGUUGUAAGUUUGAAUCCUUAAAUAUAUUAGGGAGAAAUUGCAGAAUUCAUUGAAUUAGUUGUGAGAUUAAAAAUAUUUUUCACUUGUGCAAAUUUUCAUAAUUUAAUGAAGUACAGUAUAUCAGUAUUAGUAGUAGAAGUCUGAGGGAAGAUUCAUGUGCAGGGUCAGUGAAUUAGCCUUUAUGAUAAUUUUAUAUCAUUAUUGUUUCGAGAACUUGUAUUUGCCAGGACACCUUUUUCAUUCAAAGUUUACUUGCACCAAUGUGUAUCUUUAUUUUAGUAUUUACUCAACUGAAACGAAGAUGUUCCAUACUGUAUUAACCAAGCGUCAAUCAACAAUAUCUACCAAAAGUUCAGGAUAUUGACUGCCAUAUUCAUUUGUGAAAAAUUGUCUGAUAUUAUUGGUUGUAAAAUCCUUAAAACUUAGAUGAAUUUUAAUGACUGCAUUUGUGCCUUGUUAGAUGCGUUAGGACACUCCUAACAUCUUCACACCUUCAGUUUUUAUUAAGUCAUGUUUUUUCAGUUCAGUUAUAAAGUCAUGCAUAGAGUUCUCUCUCUAGUAUGAAUAUUAUAGUCUGUUAUUAUUACAGUAGCUAUGAGUAUAUAGUUUUGGGAAUUAUGAGUAUAUUUAAAUAGUAAUAUUUUAUAUAGUUAAUAGAAUAAUCUUAUAUCACUUCUUCACUGGAUGUUUGUGGUGUUUCAUCAUUUAAAGUAUUGAGUAAAGAAAGGUCUAGUGCACUAUAUACCUUUAUGGUAACAACAUACACAUUUAUGUUGUAUGUAUACAACAUAAAUGUUGUAUACAUACAACAUUUCAGCUGGUGAUACAAAGAGUUCCUCUUUGUAUCACCAGCUGAAAGGAGCAAGUUGUUCCAUUUUUCUAUUAUCCAAUAUUUCUGGACCCGUGAUUCUACCUACGACUCUUGUUUGGAUAAUUUGAUCCAUGUCUCAGUUUGAGGUCAAUUACAAAAUUAAUUAUUUUAUUAAAUUACUUUAUUUAUUAUUUAUUAAAAGUUUUGUUAACAUGUAAAAAACAUCUCACAUAUGGCAUUUUUGCAGUACUGUACUGUGUAUUGAAGCAAGUUUCCGAGACAAGUACAGUACUGUACAUCCUGAUGAACACAUUAAUUAUUACUAUCCAGCCACAAAGUUGCCCCUAAAAUUAAUAAUAUAUUAUUUCUCUUAAAUUUAUUUUAUAAACAUGGGCUGUUUUAAGCCUGUAAUAUUUUUUAUAAUAAUGAUACAUUAUACCCAGUUUUGAAUACGUUUGGUUUAAUGAUUCCUGAAUAAGCAAUGUGUUGGAUUUAAUUAUCGUUUCUUAACUCUGAAAGUUUGUAGAAAAUGAGAACCCUGAGGUCAGUAUACCACACUUGAUGCAGGUAUGGUUAGUCUGAUAUAUGGGUGUCAUUGUUACACGCACACCAUGCAAGCUUACCUAAGUAUUUCUUGAUUUGAUAUGCAUUAACUAUUUUUUAUAUUUGCCUUUAUA